AAGAAGAAGAAGAAGAAGAAGAAGAAGAAGAAGAAGAAGAAGAAGAAGAGAGGAAGAAGAAGAAGAAGAAGAAGAAGAAGAAGAAGAAGUAAAGAGGAAGUAGAAGAAGAAGAGAGGAGGAGGGAUUUACACUGGGAGAAGUUUGACACGAAUGCAGGCUGUGCUGGGAUACACGCAUAAAGUGUGCGUGCCAGUGUGGGAUAAAUCAGUCUGGGCUUGGCACGGCUAGAGUUUAGGUGUGCCACUGACUUUGAAGUGGUGUUUUCUUAUUUCUGGAAUAAGCAUCAAAAGGCUCCGGAGCUGCUGAUCACUUCCCUCCACCUCCAGUGGCAGCAGCAGCGGUCAGCUCAUGCACGCACCGCCCGGCGCUGGAAACGGAGUGUUUUUUACAUGGAGUUUGGCGCACGGCACAUCAGUUGGUGAAAUUUCCACUUUUCUGUGUGUCGCCACUGCGGUCAGCCUGCGCGGUGCACGCCGGGGCAGGGAGCCUCUCUGGCGGGGGAAGUACAGCAAGAAGAGUCGGUAACAGCCGGAGCCUUUUCUUUUCUGGAUCCUGCUUUCUGUGAUAUUACUUUUUAACCGGAUCUGUGUGUGUAUGAGUGCCCCCCCCACCCCCCGGGUGUUAUUUUCGCUGGACGUGUGUGUCAGUUUCCCCUGACAGUUAGUUUGUUUGGUCGGAGGGGAACUUGGUGUCGUCGUGGAGGGAUUUUCUUCGGACUUGGAGCGGUGACAGCGGGGCUUUAACUGGCGGAAUAAUCAAUAAAUACACCGUCCUGUGUGCGAGGAGUGUAUGUGGCUGACACAGAAGUAGCUCCGAGUCGAGCCGAGCCAAACCAUGCCAGUCAGAAAGAAAGAUGCACAGCGAGCCCUGCUGCUGCUGGAGGAGUACCGGACCAAGCUGCACCACGCUGAGGACCGGCAGCUCCGACUCUCCAUCCAGAGGGUCAUCGACAUCUUCCAGAGCAACCUCUUCCAGGCUCUCAUAGACAUCCAGGAAUUUUACGAAGUGACCUUAUUGGACAGUCAGAGAUGGGUGGAGUCUUCCAAGGCGGCGGACCCCAUGGCGCCCGUCCACCUGUGGGACUUCUCCAGCCUUCAAAGCACAACGGUGACCUCGGACACCCUGCCCAGCCUUAGCACCAGCAUCGAGAAGUACAGGCACCACGAUGAGGACUCGUCGCCGCAGGAUCAGAGCUCCCCCCAGCUGACGGAGGAGGCGGGGGGGCCAGAGCUGGUCCAGGUAGCGGAGAAAAACCUUUCGCAGAUCGAGAAUGUGCACGGAUACGUCACGCACGCCCACAUCUCGCCCAUGAAGGUAGCGUCUCUGGAGUGCAUCUUUGACGGUUCCUCAGCGUUAGGACAGCAGCACGUCCCGGAACUCCCCUCCCCUACGCCCUCCACCCUCUAUAGCCACGGCGAGGACAGCCCCCUCCCCUCCUGCUCCGCCAACCCUUACCCCCCAAUCCAGCAGGCAGAGGCCACCCCGCCCUCCUCUCCCAUAAUCCCUGUGAUCCCAGUCUCGCCAAUCGCAGCCGAGACCACCAUCAUCCCUCCGACGUCACAGGCCAACCCUCCCCCCGUGGUGGUGAACACAGACAGCCUGGACACACCUCCUUAUGUGAACGGGACGGAGGCUGACUAUGAGUACGAGGAGAUCACGCUGGAGAGGGGGAACUCGGGGCUGGGCUUCAGCAUCGCGGGCGGUACAGACAACCCCCACAUCGGUGAAGACCCGAGCAUCUUCAUCACCAAAGUCAUACCUGGAGGGGCCGCGGCCCAGGACGGGCGGCUCAGGGUCAACGACGUCAUCCUGAGAGUGAACGAGGCGGAUGUUCGGGAUGUGACCCACAGCCGCGCCGUGGAGGCCCUGAAGGAGGCCGGCUCGUUGGUCCGACUCUACGUCCGAAGGAGGAAACCCGUCUCCGAGAAAGUGAUGGAGCUGAAACUGGUGAAAGGACCCAAAGGUCUUGGCUUCAGUAUAGCAGGCGGAGUGGGCAACCAGCACAUCCCGGGCGACAACAGCAUCUACGUCACCAAGGUCAUUGAAGGAGGAGCUGCACAUAAAGACGGGAGGCUGCAGAUCGGAGACAAACUGCUGGCUGUCAACAGUGCUUGCCUGGAGGAAGUGAGCCACGAACACGCCGUCACUGCCUUGAAAAACACUCCUGACGUGGUCUACUUGAAAGUGGCUAAACCCAACAGUGUCUUCAUGAACGACAGCUUCGCCCCCCCCGACCUCACCAACUCGUACUCCCAGCACAUGGAGAACCAUAUCAGCCCCCCCAACUUCCUGAGUCAGCCCCUCCCCCCACCAGCAUCCUCGGGACGCUACUCCCCGACCCCAAAGAGCAUGCUGGGAGACGACGACGUCACCCGGGAGCCCAGGAAGGUGGUGCUGCACAGAGGAGCGACAGGACUGGGAUUCAACAUUGUGGGCGGGGAGGACGGAGAAGGGAUCUUCAUCUCCUUCAUCCUCGCUGGAGGACCAGCUGACCUCUGUGGAGAGCUGAGGAAAGGAGACAGGCUCGUCUCGGUGAACGGGGUGGACCUGCGUAACGCCACCCACGAGCAGGCGGCCGCCGCCCUGAAGAACGCCGGGCAGACGGUGACCAUCAUCGCACACUACAGACCCGAGGAGUACAGCCGGUUUGAGGCGAAGAUCCACGACCUGAGAGAGCAGAUGAUGAACAGCAGCAUCAGCUCUGGAUCUGGAUCUUUGCGGACGAGUCAGAAGAGGUCGCUGUACGUCAGAGCUCUGUUUGACUACGAUAAGACCAGAGACUCCGGUCUGCCCAGUCAGGGACUCAACUUUAAGUUCGGAGACAUCCUCCACGUGGUGAACGCCUCCGACGACGAGUGGUGGCAGGCCAGACAGCUGACGUCACAGGGGGAGGUGGAGGAGGUGGGGGUGAUCCCCAGCAAGAGACGGGUCGAGAAGAAGGAGCGAGCGAGAUUAAAGACGGUGAAGUUCAACGCAAAGUCUCGAGACAGAGGGCAGUCUCUCAAUGACAAGCGUAAAAAGAACCUCUUUUCCCGAAAGUUUCCGUUCUACAAGAGCAAAGAGGCGAGCGAGCAGGAGACCAGCGAUGUCGAGCAACAUGUGACGUCUAAUGCCAGCGAUAGUGAAAGUAGCUACCGCGGGCAGGAGGAAUAUGUUCUGUCGUAUGAGCCGGUCUCUCAGCAGGAAGUGAACUACACCCGUCCCGUCAUCAUCCUCGGUCCCAUGAAGGAUCGGAUCAACGACGACCUGAUCUCAGAGUUCCCCGACAAAUUUGGAUCCUGCGUCCCUCACACGACCCGGCCGAAGAGGGACUACGAGGUGGACGGCAGAGACUAUCACUUCGUGGUGUCCAGAGAGCAGAUGGAGAAGGACAUCCAGGACCACAAGUUCAUCGAGGCGGGACAGUACAACAACCACCUGUACGGAACCAGUGUCCAGUCGGUGCGAGAGGUGGCGGAGAAGGGUAAACACUGUAUCCUGGACGUGUCGGGGAACGCCAUCAAGAGACUGCAGCUGGCUCAGCUUCACCCCAUCGCCAUCUUCAUCAAGCCCAAGUCUGUGGAGAACAUCAUGGAGAUGAACAAGCGCCUGACGGAGGAGCAGGGCAGGAAGACCUUCGACAGAGCCACCAAGCUGGAGCAGGAGUUCACCGAGCACUUCACAGCCGUGGUUCAGGGCGACACUCUGGAGGAGAUCUACGACCAGGUGAAGCAGAUCAUCGAGGAGCAGUCGGGUCCGUUCAUCUGGGUUCAGUCCAAGGAGAAGUUAUGAGGAUCCUCCUCUAGACCCCCCCCCCAUCAACGACCCGACACCAGCUGACCAGAGUGUUGAUUUAUCUUGGUUCCUUUGUAAGACUCCAUUGUUGGGCGCCCUGAGCAGCAGAGUGCAGCACACAGGACGGUUGAUGACGUCACACUCGGCACAGCUCCUUAAUGUUUAAGGCAGAAGAAGAUUUCAUCUUUUACUUUGUGGGUUUUUUCCCUUCUUCUGGUUUUGUAAGGUAAGACGGACAGAGUUUUCAGGCAGCGUCUGUCGGACACAAGAAGCAGAACUUUGCACGUUUGAGCUUCAACAGCAUGUCGGUUAAUAACCCCGUUUGUUUCCCUUCGGCGUCUGACGUCUCAGCUUUUCUUCUUCUGUUCUGCAUUUCAUCGUUUCUUCUUCUUUGUUUUCGACUCUUGUUUUGCUCCUCGCUGCUGCAGGAUGUUUGUGUGACGCUCUGCAGGGUUCCUGCUCUGCUGCUCGGGGGCGCUGUGCACGUUCUUAAACUUUACACCUGAUCAACCCGCUCUGUCGGUUUGACGAGGUCAAAGGUCACAGCGGACAUUAUUCUACUCGAGUCUAAACCUUCGAUUUAAAAGUGGUGAUAAAAAGGAGAAUAUUGAAAUAAAGAGUUUAUCUGAACAACAAACUAAACAUAAUAUAUAUGUAUAAGAAAAGACGACCUCGUCAUCGCCCAGAUGUAACGACAGAAACUGGAAAUAAGGAAUGUUAUACUUAUACUUAACAAUACUUAUAAUCAGGAGAAAAUUCAAGACAAUGAUCAUAAUUACAAGAAACUAAUGAUGUGAAACAUUAUUUAAAUAAACUCCUACACAUUAAGAGAAUUAGAAGAAAAUCCAGAAAAACUCAAAUAUACAAAUUAUUAAAUCGAUAAUUCAAAAACAUUAUAAUUCACUUAAAAUGCAAAAAUAGUGAAAAACUAUCGUUGACGCUGACGAUGACGUCAUCGCAGGAUUACAAGAAUACUUGAUCAUUAAAACUCAUUACGGGAACAUUAUCUUAGAAGUAUUGUAUUUUGGGGGAAUUAAGAUUAUAAGAAAAAUAUAAUUUCUCAUAAUUCAGAUAAAAAUAUCACUUAAAAUGUGAAAAUUAAAGUAAACAAACAUAAUAAAAAGAAAACUCUGAUAAUUAGAAGAAUCAUCACAGGAAAUGAUUUUAUAAUCUUAAGAAUUCAGAUCUUGUCACGAACAGAUUCAGUGGAAGCAGAAUUACAGAUCUGUUCGUGACAUUCUCCUCAUGAGAAGUUUUAAUUAUUGUUAUUCUGUGUUGUUGGGAGCGGCGCCCUCUUGUGACGCGGGUUGGAACCCGUCAGACGCGUCCGUCAUGUGAUGAUCUGUUGCCCUGGAGACGAGCCGCCACCCCCGGCGUCCGCAGGAAGUUAUUGUACAAUGAGAUUCUGAUAUUUAACCCUCAGUAAACUGCCUAUUUUGUUAUAAUGAAAGUCUAUAUUGAACUUCACUUCAGCACUACUACUACGGGAAGUAUUCUCUUUGCAUUGUUAAUCAUAUGAAUAGAAAAGUAUAAAGAUAUUUGAAUAUAUAUUUUUUCUUUUUCUUUGAUCACAACCUCCUCUGUCUUUAAUUUUCUUUUUUAAGCAUAAUAAAAACUUAACAAGAAAACA